UGAGGGAGAAACUGAGGCCCGGAAGGGCAGCCGAGGGAUACCGACAGGAACCUCGUCGCUCUCACGCACAGUUUUUAAAUCGUAAUAUUAGUCGAAAAAAUAUUUUAAUCUUGGUGUUAGGUGAAAGAGCCCAAUACAAAAUUUGUCUGAACUGAGUAUGUGACACAGGCCUUGGCCGAACGCCCCUCAGUUGCUGUCGCCUGCUCGGCGCCCCCGCGUCUCGAGGGCAGAACGUCCUACUCGCCCAGGCCCACAGCCCCUUGUUUUAAGGCCCCGAGGCUGGCUGUGCUCAGAAUCCCGCAUUCCCGGCUUUCGGAAGGUCCGAUACGCUCCCUCGCCAUGCAGGGCAGUGCCCGAAGAACGGGCGUCAUGACCGAUGUGCACCGGCGAUUCCUCCAGCUGCUGAUGACGCACGGGGUGCUGGAGGAGCGGGACGUGGCGCGCUUGCAGAAGCACUGCUACAAGGUCCAUGAUAACAGCGCUCCAGUGGAGGAGCUGGAGGCCUUCAUCAACAACAUCAACAGUGUCUUGGAGUCCUUGUACAUCGAGAUCAAGAAAGGGGUCACCGAGGAUGAUGGGAGGCCCAUCUACGCACUGGUGAAUCUUGCAACGACUCCAAUUUCCAAAAUGGCCUCAGAUUUUGCAGAGAAUGAGCUGGAUCUGUUUAGAAAGGCAUUGGAACUGAUUAUUGACUCAGAAACUGGCUUUGCCUCUUCCACAAAUAUUUUGAACUUGGUUGAUCAGCUUAAAGGCAAGAAGAUGAGGAAGAAGGAAGCUGAGCACGUGCUGCAGAAGUUCACGCAGAACAAAUGGCUGAUUGAGGAAGGAGAGUUCACCCUGCAUAGCCGGGCCAUCCUAGAGAUGGAGCAGUACAUCCGGGAGACGUACCCUGACACCAUGAAGAUAUGCGACAUCUGCCACAGCCUCCUCAUCCAGGGCCAGAGCUGUGAGACCUGUGGCAUCCGGAUGCACUUGCCUUGUGUGGCCAAGUACUUCCAGUCGAAUUCUGAGCCACACUGCCCCCACUGUAACGAUUACUGGCCCCAUGAGAUACCAGAAAUCUUCGACCCAGAGAAGGACAGGGAGGCCUCCGUCUCCAAGCCCAACAAAAAGUCGUCACGGUCCAGGCAGCACUAGCUGGCUCGUUGCCGCCGCCGCCGGCCCCGUAUGAAAAAGAGGCGACAGCGCCCGCGUCUCCGUGGAUCCCCCUUACGAGCAGGGCUGAAAUAAAAUGCACUGCAGCCUC